UACACAUAUUCUGAAUGGCUUAGUCAGAGCGCUAGCAACAUGCAUAGAGGUAUCCAGUGUUAACCUCCAGUAAGCCCUGAGGGAGGACAGAUAGUAUAGUUGAGGAAUAAUUGAGGAAGAGUUGAACUGCAGAGGAAGACCUGCUUGAGUGACUUCACUUCCGACACUUCUGACAGGAGACUCUUCUACUCUCUCUUUUUUCACUCUCUCUUCUACUGUUCUGUUCUCUUCUGACAGACUCUCUUAGUCCCUCUCUCUCUCCCCCACUCUCUAUCCUGCUCUCUCUUUUGUCUUAAGAGAACUCUGGCUUCACUAUAUGACUCUGUCUCUCUCCAGUGUUUUGUAGCUGUGGUCUCAGUUUGUCUGUUUAGACAACAAACAGGACUAUUCUCCACCUAACAGUGAUCUGCUGUUUGAUCUAUGUGAAGGUUGGUGUUGCUAAGCCAGGUGAUGAGGAUGUCUGAGAGGAACAUGGCAAAUCCAUAUAGCUCUUUCAUCAGUCAGCAGUCCCUCUGGAUCUACCUGACCACCAGCCACACCACCAGACUACCUGUUCCCUAGUAACACACUGUAACAGACUGUAGAGACAACAUGGACACAGCUCUGAUGUUUACUCUCAAGGUGGGACAAUCUCUGGCCAUGUCAGGAUCACCAGGCAGGACCUUCUCACCACAGACACAGCCAACGGCACAGACACAGAUACAGAAACAGACACAACCACAGACACUAACACACCAGUCCUCUUCAGACUGUGCUCCAGAGUCUUCUCAUGAUGACGACAGCUCCACAGAGAGCAGAGAGGAUGUCUGUCUGCCAGGACCUCUAAGCCUGGAGCUGUCGAAACUGGAACUAGACAACCAGGACACACCCCAGCAGGACAGGGAGGCUGGUUGUGAAUAUAACAGUACUGGAGCCCCUGGGAUAGAAGGAGAUCUAGCUGUUAGUACUGGAGGUCCAGGAGGGCCAGCAGAGUCUGGUUUUGAUGUCUCCCCCCCUGACCCUCUAGACCUAGACCAGAUCGUCUGUCCCGCGGGUCUAAUCAGUGAGCCAGGCAGUGUCACAUCACCAUCGCCUGAUGAUGCCAAUAACAAUGGAUUGGAUUUACACAGCAGUUCUCCAGGAGCAGCUGAGGACCACUGCCUAGCCUCCAAUGUUCCUUCUCCUAGGAUAGAUGGAGAUGUGGAUGUUCUUGCUCCUAGGAUAGAGGAAAACCUGGAAGUUGAGGACAGUAACAGAUGUGUAGAAUCAGGACAUACCCUGGAUGCUAACCUCUCUGGUCAGCUAGAGGACAUGGUACUGGGCCAUACCUCACCCAGGCAGACAGAGACAGGCAUGGAGCUGGGCCAUACCUCACCCAGGCAGACAGAGACAGGCAUGGAGCUGGGCCAUACCUCACCCAGGCAGACAGAGACAGGCAUGGAGCUGGGCCAUACCUCACCCAGGCAGACAGAGACAGACAUGGAGCUGGGCCAUACCUCACCCAGGCAGACAGAGACAGACAGGAGCUGGGCCAUACCUCACCCAGGCAGACAGAGACAGGCAUGGAGCUGGGCAAUACCUCACUCAGGCAGACAGAGACAGACAUGGAGCUAGAGGAGGAGUCACCCAGGCAGACAGAGA